UUUUUUUUUUCAGCUGGGACACCGGAACGCAUUGACACCUGCUCGCAGUGAUUUUUUUAUUUAUGUUAUUAUUUUAUCGGUUCUUUGCUUGCUUGAAAAGUAUAGCUGGAAAUGUUUUCUGAUGAUUAUCGGUAUUACCUGUGGAAGACAAUACACAUUUUCGUGUAUAUCGUGCAGCAAAUAAUUCGAUCAUAUAAUGGCAUCAAGACAAAUAUCCAGUAUUCAUUCAACAAAAGCACUAAGAGCGACAAGAUCCAGAUCGAUGAGUGCAAGCAAUUGUGCGACAAAAUUCCGAAGCACAUUGUGCUGAUUUUGGGUGAAAGACAACUGGAUUUCUCCAGCAUAUCCAAUUUCAUAUUUUGGGCCUCGCUGGCUGAUAUCAAAUGCAUCAGCAUAUAUGACUAUACGGGGGCGUUUCUGGCCAAACGGCAGCGAUUUCUGAAGUAUUUGGAAACGGAAAAGAAUUUAUUUUACGACCCGUCAACGAAAAACAUCGGUCACGGCUCGGUUGUCUACAAGAACGGUGUCCAACAUUCCAUGUCCCUGAACAUACUGGAUCCGAGACAGAGCAAAUUUCAGAUGAGCGAGCUGUGCAAAGGCAUUGCUCGAAGCGGCGAACCGACACACCAGCUCAAUGUCAAUUCCAUUGACCGAAUAAUGAGCGAAUCGGAGCAAUAUGUUAGCGACCCGGAACUGGGACUGUAUUUCGACGACGUAUGUUGUACGUACGGUCUGUUGCCGUGGCAGUUAAGGUUAACGGAAUUUUUCCAUGUGCAAUUCUAUUCAACGAUAAAUGUUACCCAUUUCCUGGAUGCACUGUGCUCUUAUUCGAAAUGCGAACAACGUUUUGGCAAAUAGUGUCAAUCGUUUCAAUGUCGUUAUUUAUUGGUCUUACGUUAAGGUCGUCGUUGUUAAGAUUGAAAUAAACAGAAAAUUUGAUUUUCAAUCGA